GCUAGGAUGUCGUCAGAUGCGGUUAGGCCUGCACAAAUGAUCCGAACUGAGAAAAGUUCCUGUCAGCAUCCCGUAUUCAGUCUGACAGGCCGCUGUUCUUUGCCCUCGUCCUCGAGAUCGACUUCGACUCGCCGAUCGCCCAACAAAGAGCUCUCCUAGAAACAAGACCUCGACGAGUCGCAACCUCAAAAUCUGUGUUUACGCACCUACAAAACAACCCCACUACCGCAUCAUCAAAACCUCUCACAAACACAACCCAAACCACCAUGGACUGCCUACGACUCUUCCGCCGCCUCCGCCGGCGCUCCUCCAAGCCAGAAGACGACUCCCUCCUCACCUCCCAACAACGUCACGGCCCGCGUCCCUACCGCGACCACGACCACAAACACAAACACUCUCCCUCCGCCGACUCUUCCUUCUCCACCGACUUCGAAAAGGUCUCCUCCUCCGACAGCACUCUCUACAGAGGCAGCUCGCGAACCGGCCACGGCUCUGUCGCCGUCCCCGUCAUCCGCCCUAAUGUCAACCCUGCUUAUUCGGCUUAUGCCACGCCGGAGGUGUAUCGCUAUGGUGGCGCGGGGCCGAAGGAUGAUGGGAGGACACCGGGGAGAAAUAUGGAGGUGGAUAUGGAUAGUGCCGAGGAGAAGGAGAGGAGGAGGAAGGCAGAGGAGGAGGAGCAGGAACGGUUGGAGUUUUUGCAGAUGAUGUGAACAUCUCGGCGGGUGGGAUCUCCUUUGUAUUCCUUUUGUAUCACGACAUCUUCAUGGCGGUUUCGGUUGGGCUCACGGUAUGGGACACGGCAA